AUGGGUGCUGUGUCUAAGAGAUGGAGAUCCUUCAUCCAAAGCAAAGAGUUCACCACUGUUCGAAAACUGGCUGGUAUGCUUGAGGAAUGGCUUUAUAUAUUGACUCUGGAUGCUGAAGGGAAAGAGAGCCACUGGGAGGUUCAAGAUUGUCUUGGAAACAAACAUCGGCGACUUCCAGCAAUGCCUGGGCCUAUUAAGGUAGGAUUUAGUGUUGUUGCUCUCAAUGGAAAACUUCUUGUCAUUGCUGGAUAUUUCGUUGUAGAAGGGACUGGUUCUGUCUCGGCGGAUGUUUACCAGUAUGAUCCGUGUCUGAACAGGUGGAGCAAGCUGGCGAGCAUGAAUGUGGCUCGCUAUGACUUUGCGUGCGCUGAGGUGGACGGGCGGGUGUAUGCAGUCGGGGGUUGCGGGGCAGAAGGAAAGUCCCUCUCGUGUGCAGAGGUGUACGACCCAGAUGCGAAUGCAUGGGCGCCUAUCGAGGGCCUUCCCAAGCCGCGUUGGGGUUGCUUCGUGUGUGGGUUCAAGGGGCGGGUGUACGUGAUGGGUGGGCGGUUGAGCUUCACGAUUGGGAAUUCACGGUCAGUGGAGGUGUACAAUCCCGGGAAGGGUGCAUGGGUGCAGAUGAAGAAGGGUGCGUCAUGGUCACAACUCAUGCAGUGGUUGGGGACAGGCUGUGCUUCAUGGAGUGGAAGAACGAGCGACGUCUCGCGGUACUUACACCAGCAGAUAAUUUCCUGGAAGCUCGUGCCCGUCCCUUUGACGGGGAGCUCAAGCAUCGAUUUCCGCUUUGGGAUAUUGGAUGGGAAGCUUAUGUUGUUCUCAAUAACCUUAGCAGUUAAUAAAAGUGGGACGCCUCCACCAUCGAAUAACCAUCACUCGCAGCCUCCAUCGUCCUCCUUCUUCAACCGUUGUCCCUAUCGAUCACAGCCACCACCAUUUGUGAGCAGAUCCUUCGAUCAUCACCAAGCAGGCCGUCGACCAUCAGCGAUCAUAAUCCCUCGCAGCAGACCAUCAACGACCAUCAUCGUCACCAGUUGCUGCCGCCAUCAGCGUUGCGCCACCAUCGCCGGCGAGAACCUGUCCGGCGAGACCUCCUCUGCCACGCAGCAGCGACGCCGUGCAGCACCUCCGUUUCCGACCUCGAACCGCGACAGAGAAGCUCUUCAACAGGCCGCCACCAUAACCAUCGCUCGACCAUCAACCCACAGCUAG